AGUUUUUAACUGGCCUAAUCAGACUUUUAAACAAAUAAAUAGAAUCAUUUCCUUGGUAUUAAAAUAUUUCUUUCAAAUAACUUGGAGUUCUUUUAUUCGUAUCAAAACUCGUACUGACUUACGUAGUACAGUUCGAAAUUCGUCCAUUUUUAUAUUACGCGUUUGUUACCAAAGUGUGAUUAAGUUUCAAUCAAUUAUUUUAUCUUGUUUAAUAAUACAGUGCCAGAUAAUAAGAAUAAAUGGAGCAAAGAGAUCCAAGGACGAACGUGGUCAAGUCCCACAGCGCAUCUCCGAGGAAAAUACCAAGCACAGCUUGGGACGUUGAAUCCAGCGGAGGAGAUGGAAUCCCGCCAGCGCACCGAAGAACUCCUAACACUCCGCAUUUGAGUCCGCAUAAGUAUCCAAAGACUCCGCAAAGCGGAGAAUCUUCUAAAAGAGAAAGGUCAUCUUCGCAACUCGAACAUCAGAAGCGGAAAGGGCGCUCCCCUAGUAAAGGGAGCCCGGAGAAGAUUCCGAAAAGAUGUAACAGCGGCUAUUUCGCCGAUUCUAUGAUACGCCAAUGGACCAAACAUGUCGGGAUACAAUCGCCAUUCUCUCAAACAGAGCAGGAAAAUGUAUUGGCCGAGGAGAUGAAACAAAUGUGCGCAUUGAAAGAUGUCAGAAUCCAGAAAUUAAUGAAGAAGUUGGAGACUGCAGAGGAGACUAUAUCUUCGUUAUCCGGUAGACUUCAAACCCAGCAGGAGGCCUCGACGGAAAUAUUAAAAGAAUUAAAUAAUGACGGGGAAUUGAUUUCAAAUUAUUGUCGGGAAUUGGCAGAGGGAUUAAAAGGAUUUCAGGAGCACAAAGAUAAUCUGUCAGAGAUGUAUAAUGUUAUUCUAGUUAAUCAAAGAGAUUAUGUAGAGAAAUUGCAAAAUGAAUUGAGCGCCGUGAAAGUAAAUGACGAGGAAUGCAAGAAGAAUAUCAAUACGAUGAGAAAUCAAGUGAUGAAGAAAGAAGAAAGAAUACGAGAACUGGAAAUUGUCGAGAUUGAAUGGAAAAAGCAACUGCAGGACUUGGAGGAGAAGUCAAUGUUAGAGAGGAAUAAAUUACUUAUGGUCCACGCUGACGAAAUAUCACAAUUGACGAAGAGAUCGGAAUAUCUCACGUCGACGAAUCAAGAAUUGCAAAUCCAAUUACAAAGGAUUGUGGAAGAGAAAGAAGCGUUGGUUAAAGACCUGCAAUUGAUCGAGAAUAAGUAUAAUCAUGUGCAUAGUAAUUACGCAAAUUUGGAGAACAAAUUAAAGGCGGUACAAACUGAUAAUUUAAAUCUCGAGAAAUCUCUCAAGGAUGUGCAGCACAACGAUGAAAAGAAAAUAUUCGAGUUGAACAGAAAAAUUAGAGUUUUAGAAAUGGAGAAGGAACGAGUGUACUCGGAGAAGAGUUUGAACGCGAAGGAGAUCGAAAAUUAUUAUAAGUCAAGAGAAGAGAAAUAUAAGGCGGAAAUAGAAAAGCUAAAAGAAGAUUAUAACGUUCAAGCAACGGAAAUGAAAAAGAUCGAAGCGGAGUAUUCUGCUCUGAUAAAAUCACGGGAAGAUGAACAUAAAGUUGAAAUAGAAAAGUUAAAAGAAAAUUACGACGUUCAAUUAAUGGAAAUGAAGAAGAACGAAGCGGAGCAUUCUGCUCUGAUAAAAUCACGGGAAGAUGAACAUAAAGUUGAAAUAGAAAAGUUAAAAGAAAAUUACGACGUUCAAUUAAUGGAAAUGAAGAAGAACGAAGCGGAGCAUUCUGCUCUGAUAAAAUCACGGGAAGAUGAACAUAAGGUUGAAAUACAAAAGUUAAAACAAGAUUACGACGUUCAAUUAAUGGAAAUGAAAAAGAUCGAAGUGGAGCAUUCUGCUCUGAUAAAAUCACGGGAAGAUGAACAUAAGGUUGAAAUAGAAAAGUUAAAACAAGAUUACGACGUUCAAUUAAUGGAAAUGAAGAAGAUAGAAGCGCGAAAUUCUGCUUUGCUAAAAUCAUGGGAAGAUGAACAUAAAGUUGAAAUAGAAAAGUUAAAAGGAGAUUACGACGUUCAAUUAACGAAAAUGAAGAAGAUAGAAGCGUGGAAUUCUGCUCUGAUAAAAUCACGGGAAGAUGAUCAUAAGGCUGAAAUAGAAAAAUUAAAAAAGGAUUACGACGCUAAAUUGACGGAGAUAAACGAGCAAAAUAAAAUUAUCCAGGAAAAAGAAUCUUUUGAAAAAUUGCAGAAGUACUUACAGGAAAGAGAGGAAAAACAGAAACUAGAAGAUGCGCGAAUUCAACAAGCAACGCGAGAAAUUGCAAAUCUUGGAAAGUAUUUAAAAGAACGUGAUGAAAAUCUAUUUAGAAAAGAAAAGGAAGUACUUGAGAAGCUGCGGGAGGAUGUAAAAGAAACAACAGACGAUCGCAAAUACGACGAUAGGCAAGUGGACGAAGAAUUUAAGAGUGUCGAAAACUGUCGAAAAGAAAAGAAAGCAGAUCGAAGUGGACAGGAGGAAGAAGAGCUCAAUAAACUGCCGAUGAAUGUAAAUAAAAAUGUACCUAGGACCAGAAAGAGCGCCAAAGUAAUAAAAGUAGCAAGUGUAUCAGAAAUUGAAUUUGAUAAUUUACUAAAAGAUAUAAAAGAAAAAGAUCGAAAUGAAUUAACACAAGAUAGUCCUAUCAAAGCAAAAAGAGCAGUAAGGAAAAGAACAAAACCAGUUAUGACGGAGACAGUUAAAGAGACGGGAAAUCAAGUGCAAAUAGAUCAACUGCUCGAAGGCGUAUCAAAAAAUUCAUUUUCAGGUAGAAGCGAAGAAAUGAGUUUGCAGCAGAUGAUGAGAGAAGAUGAGUACGAUUUCAUUUCUGAAGUUGAACGAACAUACUCAAAAAGUCAACGAGAAGCAGGAAUAUUGAAGGAAAAUACGUUGAGUCACUUUGAUGAUAGAAUUGAAAAAAUAAAAGGAAAAAAUGAGGUAUCGCUAAAAACUUAUUUCUCAUGUAUCCGACGUAUCAUUAAGAGUGCCAAUAUUAUUCUUCACAAACAGAAUAAGGAUAUCCCAUCGCCAAAGAAAAUAUUUACAACCGGGCUAAGGCAAUACUCAAAACCAAAAUCGCAACCGCGAAAAUGGGGAAAAUUUUAAGCAGCAACAUCGAAAGAUACAAAAGCGAUUGAGAUAUAUACGACCUCUGAAAUCUUCACGUUCAUUUAAAAUGUAUCUUUUUCAUUUAUUUCUAUCAUUCGUUACUGACUCGUGGUCGAAUUAUGUAUACAUUUAAAAAAUUACAUAUUUAAUUUCUUAGAAAAGAAA